UGACAAGGGCUCUGACCUCAGUCCCUGCCUCACCCCCCUGGGCAGCCCAACACGUGGGCUUUCUGCUCGGUGUCCUUGAGACAUGGGGCGGGGCAGGCAGAUAGGAGUAUAUUAGGUUCCCGGACACUUGGGGCACAGGGCAAGAUUAACCAGCUGUGAUGCGUGAAAGUGCUCAGAUUCCCCCACCCCCGUGACACAGAGAAAGAGCUAUUUGUGGUGUCGGUGUGAGCUGACCACAAGCUCAGGGAAGAAAACGUUACAAUAAAAGCGACAUCCUGCCUGGAAGCGUGCUCAGGACACUUUGGGAGCAGAGCAAGACACUCACCGCUGGACAGCUGCACCCUUUGAAGCCUGAGCAAGGGCUCCUCCUGAGGUCAACUCUCACCUGUCGACUUUUGGCCACGAUCUGUGCUGAACUGGCUGCAGCCGCUCUCAGCAGCACUCGGGACGGCUCAGGGGAUAGCAGGGGACUACCAGCCUGGGAAACCAUGCCCUCCGUGGACGACGUGCUGGAGCACAUAGGGGGAUUCCACUUUUUCCAGAAACAAACAUUUUUCCUCCUGUCUCUGCUCUCUGCAGCCUUUGCACCCAUCUACGUGGGCGUCGUCUUCCUGGGCUUCACCCCCGACCACCACUGUCACAGCCCUGGGGUAGCCGAGCUGAGCCAGCGCUGUGGCUGGAGCCCCGCGGAGGAGCUGAACUACACGGUGCCUGGCCCUGGGGCCGCGGGCGAGGCCUUCCCCGGCCAGUGCAGGCGCUACCAGGUAGACUGGAACCAGAGCACCCUGGGCUGCCUGGACCCCCUGGCCAGCCUGGCCACCAACAGGAGCCACCUGCCGCUGGGCCCCUGUGAGCACGGCUGGGUGUACGACACGCCCGGCUCCUCCAUCGUCACCGAGUUUGACCUGGUGUGUGCCAAUUCCUGGAUGCUGGACCUGUUUCAGUCAUCAGUGAACAUAGGAUUUUUUAUCGGCUCUAUGGGUAUCGGCUACAUAGCAGACAGGUUUGGCCGUAAACUCUGCCUCUUCAUCACAAUCCUCAUCAAUGCUAUAUCUGGAGUUCUCAUGGCUGUUUCCCCAACCUAUACAUGGAUGUUAAUUUUUCGAUUGAUCCAAGGACUGGUCAGCAAGGCAGGCUGGUUAAUGGGCUACAUCCUGGUUACAGAAUUUGUUGGGCUGAGCUAUCGGAGAACAGUGGGGAUUUUUUACCAAGUUGCCUACACCAUUGGGCUCCUGGUGCUAACCGGGGUGGCGUACGUGCUCCCUCACUGGAGGUGGCUGCAGCUCGCAGUUACUCUGCCUAACCUCUGCUUCUUACUCUAUUACUGGUGCAUACCCGAGUCUCCAAGGUGGCUGAUCUCCCAGAACAAAAAUGCUAAAGCCAUGAGGAUCAUUAAACACAUCGCCAAGAAAAAUGGAAAAUCUCUGCCUGCCUCACUUCAGAGCCUGAGACCUGAUGAGGAAGUGGAGGAGAAGUUGAAUCCUUCCUUUUUUGACUUGGUCAGAACCCCUCAGAUUAGGAAACGCACUUUGAUCUUGAUGUACAACUGGUUCACAAGCUCUGCCCUCUACCAGGGCCUCAUUAUGCACAUAGGGCUUGCAGGAGGCAAUAUCUACCUGGAGUUCUUCUACUCUGCCUUGGUUGAAUUCCCAUCCGCCUUUAUCAUCAUCCUUACCAUUGACCGCAUUGGCCGCCGUUAUCCUUGGGCCGCAUCAAAUGUGGUGGCAGGUGCGGCCUGUCUGGCCUCAGUUUUUAUCCCUGAUGAUCUGCAGUGGCUCAGAAUCGCUGCCUCGUGCCUGGGCAGAAUGGGGAUUACCAUGGCCUUCGAAAUGGUUUGCCUGGUCAAUGCUGAGCUGUACCCCACUUUCAUUCGGAAUCUUGGCGUCCUCGUCUGUUCCUCAGUGUGUGACAUCGCUGGCAUCAUCACGCCGUUCCUUGUCUACCGGCUCACCGACAUCUGGCUUGAGCUCCCACUGGUGGUUUUUGCUGUAGUUGGCUUGGUUGCUGGAGGACUGGUGCUCUUGUUACCAGAGACCAGGGGUAUGGCUUUGCCUGAGACCAUAGAGGAAGCUGAAAACAUGCAGAGACCAAGGAAAAAUAAAGAAAAGAUGAUUUACCUCCAAGUUAAGACGGUAGACAUUCCAUUAAACUAAGAAGAGAGACCAUUCCUCAUGCCAUGGCCUUGCUUUGGUGACACUGUGGUUGUAAACAGAGUUUUCUUCACUCAUCACAAAGCCCGUUCUAUCCAAUCUUCCUUACCCAGGAGACCAACGCCAGUGGAGUUUGUUGUCCUGCUGUGUAAGAAUACUCCUAUGGGGCCGGAUCCUGCCAAGCUCUUCCAGCUCACUCUAUUCUCAGCAUUCCUAGGACAAUGGCCAUUUGUUUGCUGGAAUUUUUUGCCAUAUUUGUGUUCUUUAAUUUGAUUUCUUUUCCCACAGUGAUAUCAAACCAGAAUACACAGGGGAACUGUGGCUAGUGAAACAGAAUAGAAAAUAUCUGACAAACAAUAAAGUUGGGAGACAGAGUCUUUUUUUCUUAAAGAAAUAAAACACCCAGCACAAUAUUGAGUCAUUCAGAAUGUAUAUAAAGAACUUUAAAUAGGCCUUUCAGUAUCAUAGGUGAGGAAAUUUUAAAAUACAUUGAUUAUUAUCUGAAUUAGACCUGAAGGGAACCUCAAAUGGAAGAAUUACGAAUACAACUUGAAUAAUCACAAGUCCUUCUGUGUUGAGACUGGAUAAGUACAAAUGUGUGAUUUUGACAACGUAGCUUCAGAAGAGGUCAAAAGAACAUUGGUGGCAAUAUAAAUCAUAGAUGAUAAUUUUUUAGUCUGGAAAAAAUAUCUCAACAUUUGUGGACUUUAAAAUUAUGUUAACAUUUUAUCAAAGUAAAAUAGUAAAUACAUUUUUUUUUUUUGAGACAGAGUCUCACUUAGUCAACCUUGGUAGAGUGCUGUGUUGUCACAGCUCAAUGCAACCUCAAAUGCUUGGGCUCAAGCUAUUCUCUUGUCUCAGUCUCCCAAGUAGCUGGGACUACAGGUGCCUGCCACAACCCCUGGUUAUUUUCAGAGACAGGAUCUCACUCUGGCUCAGGCUGGUCUCAAAGCUGUGAGCUCAGGCAAUCCACCCACCUUGGCCUCUCAGAGUGUUAGGAUUACAGACGCGAGCCACUGGGCCCAGCCCCUGUAGUAAAUACAUUUUUAAAAGCUAAAUACUAUAAGGCUUAUAAGGAAAACAAAAUUUCCUUGCCCUAUCCACAUCUACCAAUUCCUCGGAGAAAUUUUUUAACUAUUUAACUUUCUUUUUCUGAGAUUUUUCUACAUAUCUAUAUAACUUCUUUAUGUUGACAUUUUUUUAUAUUUUAGUUUUAAAUAUUAUCUGUCUAUUGAAUUUUUAAUAUAAAAGAUGAAAAUUUAGCUCUCUUCACCUUUCCCCGUAUCCUAACAUAUGGCUUUUCUCUUCCCUUUAAACUUUGUGUUGUCACAUUUUUAUUAAGUCAGACACUGAACGAUCAGCUCAUUAUGGCUGUUAUCACAAUGAGCCAUAUAGUGUACCAUGAUUAUGUGGCCUUUCAUUCACAACAUUUCUUUCUCCAGAACCUUGGUUUUUAUUGCUUUGGUUUUCUCCCCAUAUAUUCACCAUUAAUUUUCCCCAAAACUGACAGAGCAGUAAGUCUCAGCACAUUAAAAAACAUCACUCUUGGGUUCCCUUCUCAUAUUUUCCACCUUCCUGAUCAUUCCCAGUGCCUCCUCUUGUGUUGAAUCCCCUGCCUCCUACUUCCAAGGUCAUCUCUUUCCUGUUUUUUUUCUCUUAUUUUCAAGAAGCACAUCUUCCAAUGGCUUCCUGAGAAAGAAUGCCUGCCUAUCCUUCUUUGUUCUCUUCUUUGGCACAAAGUGGUAAAACCUGAAAAACUACAUUUCCCAGGCGCUUUACCACCUGACUUCCCUUAAGCCUCCACCAAUGAGUAGCACUGGCCAGAGAUAGGAAGGGCAGAAGCCAUUUUCCUAGUAUCUUGAAGAGGUGUCAAGCAACUGCAGUUAUAGCAGCUGGUGUCUAGAAUCAGAGGAUGGAGGCCUGGUCCUGCUCAAUGGCACUGGUGUUGUUCUAACAGCUACAGUGCACUGCACCAACAGCUCUUGGGCUCCAGCAGGACCAACUACCACAUCUUGGUCUUUAUGCAUAAACCAUUUUCUCUCUCUAGCGUAUUUUCAUCUUUUCUACUCUAUCAAUGAUUUUGUAAACAAGUGCCUACAUUAAAUUGCCUCUAUUUGAAACACCUAGAA